AUGGUCAUCAAGAAUGCGAAAGAAGAUUUGAGAUUUUUAUUUUCAAUUAAAUCAAAAAUCCUUUAAACCUUAUCUCUCCUAAAAUAAGUUAUGUUAUACCUACUUAUCUUAUUAAUCUUUGUGAUGAUAAUAUUAUACCGUUGAAGUAAAAACUUAACGAUGGACUCUGAGGGUUUAUUGGAAUAAAAUGGACAUACUCUGUAGAUGAAUCAAAUGGAAAUGAUGAUUUUGAUAACUUUGUUGCUACAUUAACUAGUUUAUAAAUGUUAGAAUUAGUUAUUCCAUUCCAAACUCUACUAAAAUAGUCAAAUAUAACCUUCUAUUUAGAGUUUCAAAAUUUUGUAGCUUAAAAGUACACAUAUUAUAAAAUUGUAAACUCAUUCAGGUCAAUUUCCAAACAUUCUUUCGGAUUUAAAAUCUUUAUUAUUAGACUUUUGAAACUCUUGUUUUGCAAUUCUAAAUUAAGAAGAAGGAUUGCUCUGAAACUGCAGAGCUUAAAUUGAUAAUUCUGAAUAUUAAACUCUUUAGUUGAAGUAUAUAGAAACGAUUCUAAUUCAAGGCCUUCAAGAGUAAAUUAUUAAGAAAGCGCUCGUCAAAGUUUCAUUAAUGUUACAAUAUAAAAUUAUACAUUGACUUCUAGAAUUACACUUGAAAUCAGUUCAGGAGGUAUAUUUUGUUAAUUUAAUGGCACUAAAAAGAUUCAGAAUUACAGAAAAGAAACUUAAAUAUAAAUAUCAUGUAGAGGUUUAGAUACUUAAUAUGACUGGAAUGAGGAUUCAGACAUUUAAAUUAAUAUUGAGUGUGUUGAUUUGAAUCUCAAUUCACUCUGUAUGGAUUUAAAUAUAAAAAUAAUUAAAGUUAAUAAAAUUGAUAGUAUCCAAAUAAUUCCCAAAUAAUCAAUACAAACUUAUACUAUUUAAUGUUAGACAGUAGUAAAUUUAAAUAAAAAAUUGUCUAUUUAGAUAAUGUUACAUAUAGUAAAGGAUAUUUAAUGA